CGUCCCUGUAAAUUGGAAAAAAAAAAAAAAACUCCCGUCGAUAUUUCGAAUACAGAUAUAUUUUCUAAAAGCUAAAGCUUCGUGUGGUGGCGGGUUCUUCCAACAAACACCUACCUCCCAAAUGGCUUCGGUUGGUGGUUCAGCAAAAGCCCUCUCUGUGUUGGUUUUCCUUCUAUUAUUAAUUAGCUUCUCCUUGUCGGCUUCUUCAGAUUCAGGGAGAGUCUCCUUGGCAUUAUACUAUGAAUCGCUUUGUCCCUACAGUGCCAAUUUUAUCGUCAAUGAUCUUGUUGAGCUCUUUGAAGACGAGGAGCUUUUCUCCAUUGUAGAUCUCCACCUCUCCCCUUGGGGUAAUGCCAAACUCAAAAGCAAUGACUCCUUCGUUUGCCAGCAUGGUCCUUCCGAAUGCCUCUUGAAUACCGUGGAAGCUUGUGCAAUUCAUGUUUGGCCUCAGCUGGAGGAUCAUUUUCCUUUCAUCUAUUGCAUUGAGGCUCUGGUGUAUGAUCGCAAAUUCACCCAAUGGGAAUCAUGCUUUGAGACAUUGGGUUUGGACCCAAAACCUAUAGCUGAUUGCUACAGUAGUGGAUAUGGCAAAGAGCUUGAAUUAAAAUAUGCCGCUGAAACAAAUGCCCUGCGGCCUCCGCAUCAAUAUGUGCCUUGGGUAGUGGUGGAUGGACAACCGCUUUAUGAGGACUACGAAAAUUUUAUAAGUUACAUCUGCAAGGCCUACAACAGCACUGCUCACGCAACAGCUUGCAGCGAAGCAUCGCAUUACACGACCCAAAAGGGUAAAGGAAGACCAGAUGCUCCAGUUUCGUACAAGGAGAGAAAGAUGUCAACACUGUCGGAACAAAUUAUAUCCGCCAUAUCAUUGUGGAUGAAGAAGACAUUGGGGCAUGAUUCAAUAUAGAUAUGCUUCUAACCUCCAAUCAGCUGGUACUGUGUGUUGGUUUCCUUUUGAGUCUUGAGUUAAUAAAUUUCUAUCUGGAGUUCAACAGCAUUACUGUGUGUGAAUUGUAGAAUGCAAUGCUUUUGGAGAUGAUUUUUAAGAUAAUAUUGUAGUGCAUAUAAUUUAUGAGCACAAAUUUAAUAUACAUUACAUAUUUAAUUAUAUGUUUUAUAUAUUUGAUUACCUAA